AUGGCGCCAGAGAGAGGCAACCCCGUUCCGACCUCCUCCUCUUCCCCACCCGCUCCUCCUCGAAUCCUAAACGUUCAGAAAUUCGCGAAAUCGCGAGCUCCCGAGCUCGAAUCCCUCCACGCGAUCGUCUCCAACCGGCUGGGCCACGAUUUCCGGAUCCAAAGGAGCAAGAGGCGGCGAACGACCGGCCACAAGGUCACCAGGAACCGGCGCGUGAAGCAGCGAAAGGUGGGGGACGGGGACGGUGGCGUGCAGGAGGGCACGAGUGCGGAGGAUGAUCGGAAGAAUGUGUCCCGGAGGACUCGCCGGAGAUUUGAGUUCCAGAAGAAUCCGGCGUCGGGGUUCUGUACCACGGGGGACGGGACGAGGAGGCUCAGGACUCACUUGUGGCACGCGAAGCGGUUCGCCAUGGUCAAGCAGUGGGGUUUUUAUCUCCCUCUAGGGCUUCAUGGAAGAGGGAGAGGUUCAAGGGCCAACUUGAAGUGGUUAAAAUAUGGGGCACUUGUACAUGAUGCAUCCUACAGCCUUCCGAUCCAACUAGAGGGGCCAGAGGAUUCAAUACUGGCUAUUUUGAGAAUGGUUCUACUGCCAUCACCUUUAGGACCCACAGAUGUUUCAGAAAAACUUUCACAGAUGGUAACUCAUGGAGUAUGCUAUGAAAAUGCUAUGCUUUAUCAUGUGGAAAAUCCUCUUUCCCAUUUUAUUGCUCCUGUGAUUUAUAUGUGGCGACCGUUCUUAAGUGAUGAUAAUCGUAAUAGUGUUCAACAAGAUGAUGUUUCAAAUGGCUGUUGCAAAUCUGGUAAAAAUGGAAGCGGUACAUCACCCAGACAGUUAUGGAUAUGGAUACAUGCUGCAGCUUUUAACGAAGGAUUCAAUACACUGAGAUUUGCAUGUCAAAAACAGAUGCAUGAAUCUGGCAAAUCUGUUAGUUGUUUUACUCUUGAGGGGCACAUAGCAAGGUUGGAAAUUAUAGGUUCUGAAGCAAUACAAGUUCUUCAGAAGACAUUGCAUCCUAUAACAGAGUCAUGCAGUACUUCUGAUCAUUCUAGCACUGACUCUCAGCUUCAGAAAGCCUGCGUCCUUAAUCUAGCAGAGCACCUUCCAUUGCAUGCAAUUCUAUCUCUGACAGUUCAUGAUCCCAGGGAUUUUCCAUCCAAGGUUGAGCCUGCCUCUGAAGCUCAUACUAAACUGGAGAGUGAUUUGCAAGAAGAAGAUAUUAAAAAUUCUAGUCUUUGGGUCUCUCGGCAAUCAUCCAAGAAUGAAGAUAAAUUGUUGUCACUGUGGUCAGAACCUGAAAACAGUGGCAUUUUUCUUUCUGACAGUAAAAGUUUAUGGGAUGCCAGUGAUAAGAUGAGUCCUCCAAUUCCAGAACAUGUACUUUGCACAGAGAAGCAUUAUACACGUUUGAAAUUCUUUCACUUUGAUCCUACCAAUUGCAGAAUGCCAGCUACUGAAGCAAAAGAUGGUUUUAGUCGAUCUUGCUCUGUGUUGCUUCUAAAACAUGCUAAACAGGGAUGGUCAAUCAUUCUACCUUUAAGUUGGAUAAAGCCUUUCUGGAUGUCUCUCAUCCUACAUGGGGCUCAUGCGAUGGGCUUAAGGGAAAGGCGGUGGAUUGCAUGCAAUAAUGGCCUACCAUCCUUCCCAUUUGAUUUUCCUGAUUGCAAAGCUUACAUGUUGUUCAUGGCCAAUGAAGCCAGCGCAUUUGAUCGAGCAGCUGAACUCCGUCCUCUUGCAGUUAGACCUGUAAAAGUCCCGGUGCCACCUCCUUGGGAUUGUAUAAUGUCCACCGUUAAGAAUGGACCCUAUAUAUUAAAAGGUUUUCAAACACCAGAUGUUCAAGGCUCUGGUGGAGCAGCUCCUGAAUGUUCUUUGGUAAAUUUAGCCUCCCAAAAUGUUGAAACAUUAGACCAAGCUACUGCAUCCUUCCAAGGCUUUAUACCAAGAGCACCCAAAAUUUUGAAGGAGUAUUUAGAAAAGAUCUGUGAUGGGCAGUUCCCUUUAUUUCCUAGCAUGGCAAUGGUGGAAAAGGACUUCUCUGACCUGACUGAUAGAAACGCAUUCAAUUGGGUCACUAGAAGUGAUCACCAAAUGCUUGCUGACAAAGAACUGUGUCUUGUAAGAAUUUUGCUUCAUGCAUACAAGGAAGGUGUUUUUGAAGAAGGUGCCGUUGUUUGCGCGCCCAUUCUGACCGACCUAUCACAAUGGACGUCCAGGUCAGAGGAACAGGAACAACCAACGGUUACCCAGUCUUUCGUAAGAUCAUGUUUUACACAGCAGGAUUCUGGGAAGUGGAAGCUGCAGGUGCCUGAAGAUCCUUCCGCCCAGCAGUCAUUUAGGUGGCCAAUCGGUUUUGUAACAUCUGGGUUUGUUUAUGGAAGUGGCAAGCCAGUGGCGAUAGCUUUCUGUGAAGCAAAGCUUCUUGCUAUGUUGAGAGCACAACAAUGGAAUCAGACACAGGAAACAAGACCGGAAAUCUUUGUCUGGGUCCGUAAUAUGAGAUCCACUGCUUACCGACGUGCCGUGGCCACGAUCCUUCUGGAACAACAGAAGGAAGAUCUGGAGUUUUUGUAAGCAAACACACAAAGUCAUUCAAAUUUGUGAACUUUGGAGGGAGAGAACAUACUUUGGAGAGCUAUAACUUCACAAUUUGCAACAUGAAUUGAGUUAAUGUUAUGGCUUGUCAAAUGCCUGAAAUUGAUCUGAGUU